UCCGGAUAUUCGCUUGCAUACAGUGUGAACGGAUUAUUUCCUGACGCUACAUGUAAACAAUAGAUGUCUGGCGGUGAAGCAUUGUAGUCCAGAAAUUAAAAGUAUAACUGAUGCUUUUCUAAAGAGAGUAUUGUAAAUUAUCUUCCUAUUUAUUCUAUGAAAGCCAUAAUCGCCUGCAAAUUGGGCAAAUUGACUUCUGCUAGUGACCAUUAGUGAAUGACAGGUAGUUUUUUAUUUCGUUGGAAAUGAAGCCAGAAUAUAACUGAGAAAUAGCUGACGUAUUUGAAAUUUAGCUGAUCAUAAGUGAAUGAAAGGUGAUUUCAGAGGAUGAUAAGAACUGAAUUACCAACUUUUCCAGAAGGAAAAUAGGAAUCGCCUCAUUUUAGGAGUAAAAAAUUCUUAUUGCAAACGAUGGAGGUGAAUGAAACAUUUUUGGAUAAUGAUCACUGUGUUAAUUCAUUGAGUGAUGAUACAAUUGACCAAAAUGAAUCUUCCAUGGUUGAAGGAAAUUUAACAUGCGAUUUCUGUAACGAAGCAUUUUCUCAAAAAUGUGAUUUAAAUGACCAUGUAUGUGCUCGACCGACAGAACAAUCCUAUUCUUGCACUGUAUGCGGAAGAGAAUUUUCUGAUUUGUCUCUUGAGCAUACUGAUGGAAAACCGUAUUCUUGUAAUGAAUGCAGUGAAGAAUUUUCUCUGCAAAGUCAUUUAAAGACACUUAAUGGAAUCGAUAAGAAAAAAAAACAUUUUACAUGUGAUGUGUGCGGUAAAGAAUUUUCUAAGAAGAGCAGUUUAUUAACGCAUGUUCAUACUCAUACUAAUGAAAAACGUUAUACCUGCGAGGUAUGUAAUAAAAAAUUUUCUCACAAGAGUUAUUUAAAGAGCCAUUCUCGGACCCAUACAAAUAUAAGACCUUAUUCUUGUGGGGCAUGUUGCAAAGAAUUUUCACGUAAGACUGAUUUAAAUAGACAUAUUCGUUCUCAUACAAAUGAAAGGCCAUUUGCUUGUGAUGUGUGCGGUAAAGAAUUUACUCAAAAAAGUUAUUUAACUCAGCAUUAUCGAAUUCAUACAAACGAAAGAUUUUCUUGUGAUAUAUGCGGCAGAGAAUUUUCUCAGAAAAGUAAUUUAAGGAGACAUUAUCGCAAUCAUACUUCUGAAAUGAAAUAUUCAUGUGAUAUUUGUGGGAAAAAAAUUUCUCAGAAAGGUCAUUUAAAGAUACAUUUUCGUACUCAUACAAAUGAGAAACCUUAUUCUUGUGAUUUAUGCAACAAAAAGUUUGCUAACAACAGCAAUUUAAAGAAACAUUAUCGAGUUCAUACAAAUCAAAAAUUAGAUUCCCGCGAUGUUUAUGACCCGCAUUCUCCAAAAGAAGAUGGAUUAUCUAGUUCAAACGAAUAAAAAGGUCGCAUUCUUAUGAUGUAUUUAGUGAAGAAUCGUAGAAAUGUUAUUUUGUUGCACACUGUCUUAUCCAAUCUAGUAAAGACCAUAUUCUUGCCAUGUGGGCAGGUAAUUUUCUAAGAAAGGUUAUUUAAAUAAACAUUAUAUUUGUUAUAUAAAUGGAAUUAUAUCAUUUAUUCUAAUGCAUUGUUGUUAAGUAUACAGUCAAGAAAUUAGAGAAACUGUACUGCGAAGAAAAAAUAACAUUGAUUUAAAUAAACUAUAAACUUUUUAUUAAAUAAAAAGAAAUUGUUCUUGAUCU